AAUUACAUGUAACUCUUCUCUAGGUUUGGGAAAGGUAUGAAAUUAAAAUAAUCAAACUGCAAAUAAAUAAAAAUGUAUUUGCCUUUUGGUUAUUAAGCCUGUAAUGGAGUUUGCAAAAAUUCAGCCCUAAUGAAAAAUUGUGCACCUCUCUACUGGUUGUUCAGAAGGGGCUCUACUUUUCCCUCUCUCCCCCCUUCUGCCUUUCUCUUAUGCAUGUGCUUCCAGUUACCUAUACCUCCACCCACCCUCACGUUUUUAUUUUCUCUUUACUGUCCUACCCCUUUGCCCACCCCUCCUGCACUUUUUCCACCUCCUUCUUACUCUCCACCUUCCUUGACUCCCUCAGCAGUAAGGGAGCGCGGCUGCAGUCUGCUUACCCGCCCCCGGGCGGGCCCCACACUCAGUAGCCCUUUCCCAGCCGCUCCUCCCUCAGCGAGGGCGACGCGACACCCUCCCCGCCUGGCCUCAUCUUCCCGCCAACUCCGGGCAGGGCGAGAAAUGACAGGUCGCGCCUGCGCACAAGGGUACCGGAGAAGAGGAUGGCCGGUGGAAGAGGGGGAAAGACAAGAGGAGGCCGCCGCGGGGCGGGGCGGCGUGACGUCAAGGCGCGCCGUAGCUCUGGCGGCGUGACGCAGGCACGCAGAGGGAGAGCUGCAUUAUGAUUAUGCUCCAUUAAACUCGAACAUUCUUUAUAUGCACCCUGAGCUGUUUCAUGGAUUUUUAUGUGCCGUUAAAGAGGUAAUUGCUGGGAUGAUUUUUGACAUGGAUGGAAUGUUUUAUUGGCUGUAACACAGCAGGAUGAAUAAAGGCCUAGGAACUUAUAGGUGAUGGACCUGACCAGAUUGUAUUUUGGGAGCAUCUAGUGAUCUGAACGAGAGCUAUCCCAAGUUACAGGAUGGAUUAAUUUAAACAGAAAUGACUUAAAUCAGCAAGCAGGAAAUCUAGAGCAACACGUGGUUCAUCCUCCUGCCUAGAAAGUGAGAGUAGUUUUUCUGCAAUAACCUCAGGCUGUGCUAAUUUGAGGUGUCAGAAGAUGAGUUUAUUUAUUGAUAGGCAAUGUGAAAAUGGCAGUGGUGCAGUGCAAUACACAUCUUUCCAUAUACUAUCUGAAAGAUAAAUGGAAAUCCUCUUCUGGGAUAAUAAGAAAUGGAAAAGGUUCUCAGAAUAAAAGUCAGUUUAGGACAAUUGCACCAAAGAUGGUACCUAAAGUUAUAACAUCAAGGGUGGUGUCUUGUCUUCCACCUGUUCUUCCUGAACAAACUAAUUCUAUUUCAUCUGCAAGCUCUAAACCACUUAUAAUGCCAGCGCAAAACUAUACUCUAAUGCAAGUUGCUGGUCAUGAGGGAACUUUUUCUCUUGUAGCUUUACCACAUAUCACUCCUGCACUGGCAGCACAACGAAUCCAACAAUCAAAUGUGCCCCCUCCUGAAAACCUCAAACUACCCAUUCCUAGGUAUCAAUCUGUAAAAAAUAAAUUGUUGAUUGACAAAAAAACAUUUCAAACCUCUUCUUCAAGUGCACAUAACAAGAUUUCCAGCAAGAUGCAAACUUCAACACAGACACCAGCAAUGACUACUUCAACUGGAGACCUUCCUGACGCUCAUUCUACUACAGAUAAAUUGUUGAUUGACAAAAAAACAUUUCAAACCUCUUCUUCAAGUGCACAUAACAAGAUUUCCAGCAAGAUGCAAACUUCAACACAGACACCAGCAAUGACUACUUCAACUGGAGACCUUCCUGACGCUCAUUCUACUACAGAUAAAUUGUUGAUUGACAAAAAAACAUUUCAAACCUCUUCUUCAAGAACACAUAACAAGAUUUCCAGCAAGGUACAAAUUUCAUCACAGACAUCAGCAAUGACUACUUCAACUGGAGACCUUCCUGAAGCUCAUUCUACUACAGAUUCAUCUGAACAAGUUAUUUUAAUUGAUCAUGGUUCUACUGAAAUUACAGUUGGUACUUUACUCAGUGAAAACAACUGUGUAGAAUCUGGAUCUCCUUUAUUAAAGAAAACAGAAACUGCUGAAGAUAGUAUUUCGGGACUAUCUGUCAUUAAGGAAUGUUUGUCCAAGCCAGUGAAUCCAAGUAAUCCUGUGAAAAUGAGUCUACAUUCCAUGAAAUCAACUAUUGAAGCCACAAAAGGCUCACUCAUAACAUCUGAGAAACUUAAAGAAAAACUGGUGAAUUCUGCAAAUUCUGUCACUGUCCUGUCACCGGCAAUAUUUGGCAAUGAAGUUCAAUUGACUCAGUCCGCACCAAAAGGAAAGCUUCCUAUUUUGCCAUAUUCAAGAAUGAAAAAUGCAAUAUUCUGUAAAUCUAAACAAAAUUCUAACACUGUGGCUGCAUCUACUCCUGGGCGAAGACCUGAAUGUGAAAAAAUACCACCUUUGGUAAAAACCUUUAACGUUUCUACCAGAGUUUAUGAUAAACUACUAGCGAUAUCUUUUGCACAAAUCUCCAAACACGCCCCCUGUGAAAAUACCUUCAGUCCAGCCACUAAACUGGAUGUUGAUAAUCUAAAGAAAUUGAAUGGUGUAGCCUCUAAAAGAAGAGGUAGAAAACGAAGAACCCCAGAUGAUAGAUUGGCAUUUCAGACCAAAAGAAGAAAGUGCAUUAUUAAUAAAUGUAGAGAGGGUAAAAAGAGAGUAAAAGUUGAUCCCCAUGAAUCAAAAGGCAGUAGGGCUGAGUCAGUUAAAAAAUACCGUAGUAUCAGACCAAAACCUGUAGUUAUGCAGGCUUUAGCUCCACUGACUUCUGCAGCUAUAAUAGAGACUCAGACUCCUGACUGCACAGAACAAGACAUUUUCUUAAAUGAUACACUUCCAAAUAAAUAUUUAAGCUGUAAGCAGAGUGAUGGCACUCCUGCUAAACAAAGUGAUCUGUGUAGAAAUUUAUUUUCUACUGUAUCUAAGCCAUGGCAUAAGUGCCAUGUCUGUAACCACAACUUUCAAUUUAAACACCAUCUUCAGGACCACAUGAACACACACACAAAUAGACGGCCUUAUAGCUGUCGAAUUUGCCAGAAAGCAUAUGUUCAUUCAGGAAGCCUAAGCACUCACAUGAAGCUUCAUCACAACGAAGGCAGACUCAAGAAACUUGUGUGUUGUGAGAUUUGUGCCAAAGUAUUUGGCCAUGCAAGAGUAUACUUUGGCCAUCUGAAGGAAGUACACAGGGUUGUUAUCAGCACCGAGCCCUCCACAGGCGAACAGCAACUGCAAGAUGCUUUAAAGAAUAGAGACAUAAAUGUAAAAGGAGCAGAAGAAACAGUAGAGAGGAGAAAUAAAUGCAAUUUUGAAGAUUUAUUUCAGAGUCAAGCAGAAGUCAAAUUACAGAUCAAAUGUGGCAGAUGCCAGUUUACUGCACAAUCUUUUGCUGAGAUGAAGUUUCAUUUGUUGUGUUUUCAUGGCGAGGAGCUCCCAGGAAGAAUAAAAGAAGGAAUUCUACAGGCAGGCAAGGGAGCUCAGGAAGAACUGAUGAAACAUGCAGCUCAUUUCUGGAAGCAGCGCAAAGAGAGACGAAAUCCAGUCAAACAUGGCACUUGUGAGGAAGAGUGUUAUGCUUUUCCAAAACUGAAAAGGCAAAUAUAUAUUCAUCAAAAUAAUUUUAAUACUUUAACCAAAAAUGAGGUUAUUCCAUCAGGUAACAGUGAACCAGGAAAGGAGCUGCAAAAUUUUGGCUGUGCCACACAAAAUAAAAAAAUUCAAAUUUGGUGUAAAGCUGAUUAUAACUGCAUUUUAUGCAAGCAGAUAUUUGGAAGAAAAGAGGGGCUUUUCAGUCAUUGGCAGAAUCAUCAUAAUUGUGAAGACCCCUCUGUUCUUUGGACUAUUUUUAAUUCAUUCUCCAAACAGGGAGUUAUUGAACUUUCUAAUAACGCUGAAAAAUGAAGCAGUGGCAAAAUUCAGCUAGAAAAGUAUUCCAUUUCCAAGGUUACUGAUUUAUUUGUGUCUGAUUUUCAGUGUCACAAAAAUGUACAAUUAAUGCACUCAUUCUCUUUUUGAUGAUCAGUUGCAGUGGUUUUACAUGUAGUUUAGGUUUGUUUGCUGAAUACAAAACUCUCAAUUCUCACCAUAGGCCUUUUCAUAUAUAUAAUACACACAAAUCUGUUAUAUAAUGCCAUACUUAAUAUUGAUGCACAAGGACCUUCACAGAAACAAGUAUGCAGAAUGUUAGAGAUUGAAAUUAAGAAGAAAAAGGGAGGAACUGAUAUUAUAUUAUGCUGUACUCAGAGACAUUAAUGUUGCCCUUUGUAAAGUAAUGGUGUACAAAUGUUCUUGUACAGAAUGACAACCAGAUUGAAAAUAUAAUUUUCAGUCUUAACAGUGCCUCCAGAUUUUAUGGGAAAUGUAUAUAUGCAUUCAGUUCUCUGGAUGCAUGUUAAGAUUCAAUGUACAUGCUUUUAUGCUUAUAAAUAUGGAGCACAGUUGUACAGUGGGACAGUAGAAAACCACAAGAAAAUGUAUUAAUGAACUCCAAGGAGUUCCUAUGGAUUUCUCUAGAAGUCUUCAGAACUUAAGCUUUCUUUUAAAAAAAAAAAAAAAAAAAAAAAAAAAAAAAAAAAAAAAAGUUAGAUAUUCUGAUUGUAAAGAUAGCCUUCUCACUGCUGGCUCUUUGAAUCAAGAUUAUAAGCCUUGUUUAAAGUCUGUUGUGACCAAAUAGGGUUCCCAUAUUGUUUGGCCAGCAAAUGUAGACACUGACUAAAAGUUAUGCUACUAUGAGCUAAAACCUUGUCUACACCUAGACUUUUUGGGGGACACUAAUGUAGAUGGCGUAGAUACUCACUGCUAUGUUGUCUAACAGUGCUCAAAGGAGGUAAGAUGACACAGUGAUGAAAAUGAUGGUGCUCCUUUUACCCUAUUGUUUCCUCCAUUUCUACCAUCUGUCAAGCUGUACCUGUGGUAGUGCAGUCAUGGAAGAAUUAUCCAGAGAAAGUCUGAGGUAGGCACAUAACUUGCUAAAACUCUGAAAAGUCCAAGACUUUAGCCUGAUUAUGGGAACAUAGGAAGAUAAGGCCUAAAAAGUGUUGGAUUCUCAUAGUGAGAUCCUGGAAGAUAUUACACGAUUUUUCUGUUUUCUGUAAUAUCAGUAAAAGUCUGAUAAGCUGAUAACUUAGAAUGACAUUCCUUAUUCUGUAAUGCUGUUUGGUGUUUAAGUAUGAGACUGAAGCCAAAUAAAACAGAAAACAAAAAGGAAAAAUAUCACAGAAACUGCAGUUGUUUGAGGAAGGGGAAAAGUCCCUGAAGAAUUUGACAACUUCUUUCAAAUUCCCAUGGAUUCAAAUGCUUGGUUGUUUCAUUACUUUUACUUUUGUCAGAAAGAUACUAUUUUCAUAUGCCAAACUAGUUCUGAAAUACUUUAUUUUAUGUUCUGGUCGGUUGUUUUGAUGACUUGUAAAUCUCUACUGCCUGGAGAUAUAAAAAUUGUUCAUACUCUGAUGCUAACAUGUGUAUCCAUAUUGUACCUUUCACAUGUACUCUUACUGAAUAGGUGAAGUAAACGUGUGCAGAACAUGUAGAAAGGAAUACUUUUAAAGUUGAGUGUUUCUUUUCAAACAAGGAGUAUCUUUCAUUUAGUACAGUAUAUUUACACUAAGAAGUAUUCUUUCCUGAAUUAGCAUGUUUUCAUUGAGAAGGAUACUUCUGAAUUAGCCUUUGCUAAUUUUCAAAUUCAAACUGCUUAGACUGGUGUCUUUGAGAUUAAAUUCUAGAAUAUAAGAAUAAUCCCUCCUCUAGUUAUAUAGUUGAAACACAUCAAAGGAAAUUGUGUAACACUCACUUUCUGUUUUCAUUAAAUAAUAAUUUAAAGAUGUUACAACCAUGUCAUGUUUAAAAGGACAUGGGUUUUAAUUUUUUUGUCCUCCCUUUGUUUUAAGAUCUAGCCAAAACCUUGCAAAUAAAAAAAUCUUCCUUUC